UUUAUAUUCUAUACGGGUAUAAUCGUGCGCGGGGUUUGGGUUUACGCCCAUUUAUGUAAAGGAGCCCACCGUUAACGGUUAGAGGCAAGAGAGGUACGGAAUAAACGACAAGCCCCACCCGCGGGAGCAGAUGAUCUGUCCAGUAUGACCAGUGGAGCUAUGACGAUGUAAAUGUUUUAAUUUAAAUACAGCACGAGGCGUUUUCCAAGAGUAGCCUAUGAUUACAUGAGAACGCAGAAGGCUCAUGGUGAUACACUUCAAAGUUAGCAACCAGUUUGCUUUACAUGGUGUCGUGGCCUGGUGGAUAGCAGGGGAGAGUGUCACCUACCAACCAGCUGUAUGACUGACUUCACUCUAUUUCAACGGCAGCUUUGACUAGCUAAAGAACAUUGAGCAUUGAUCAUUCUUCAGUGAUUGCAUCCCAAAGCGCCGCCAACAUGUCCCAGCCAUCUUUAAAACAGUGGUAUGAAGACCGGAAGAGGUUAAGGGUCGUCUAUGAUCAUUCCAGGGCAAAACCAGUAGAGAGGAAGAACAAAAUCAAGAAGAGUAGACAGGCGGCUUUUAAGUCUGCAUUAGCAGAGAGGACAAAGCCAUCGGGACAGCAUCAAUACACCAAGACAAACACGUCAGAUUCAUCAUUGGGCAAAGAACAAUGCGGAGCACAAGCAAAAAGAGACGAAGCCUCAUCUUAUAGAAGCAAAGACUCUUAUCACAUGAUACAGAUAUUUAUCAAGACGCCCAUCAACCCCAAAACCCUCUGUCUACGACUCGAUCAUAAAACAACCGUCUCCGACCUGAAACACAUCAUUCACAGGAAGUUGGCCAUUCGUCCCGAGUUGCAAAAUCUGUACACAAACAACAAAAGGUUCAAGUUGUGUGACGCUUUGACUCUUCUUGAUCUUGGCAUUAAACCGGAGACAAACAUUGAUCUAACACUAGCAGAAGGUUUGCUUGGUGGUGCCCCAACACCAGUAGACGAGACAUUCCUACGGACUUUAGCGGGAAACCUCGGCAAGGACUGGCAGCAACUCGCAGACAAGCUUAAGUUCAUACCAGCAGAAAUUGCUGAGAGCAACCCAGAAGAACAGGCUUACACGAUGCUAGUUUCUUGGUUGGGUGCGCAGCAAGCUGAUGGCAGAGAAGCGGGGGAAUGGUUGAGAAGUGCUUUGGUUCAAAUAGGUCGUCGAGAUUUAGCUGCAAGGAUCCCAGGUUAUUCCCCAACAUCCCCAAGAGCAGGUAACAAAGACAAGUCGCCGGAUGCAUCAGGAGCUGAUGAGAAGAAACUACAAGUCCCUGAGGCAGACAGGACUGAUUUGCCACAAACCUCAGGUUACGAACCCACAUCCCCAAGAGCAGGUAACAAAGGGAAGUCUCCGGAUGCAUCAGGAGCUGAUGAGAAGAAACUACGAGUUCCUGAGGCAGACGGGACUGAUUUGCCACAAACCUCAGGUUAUGUACCCACAUCCCCAAGAGCAAGUAGCAAGACGCAGUCACCGGAACAUCAGUCAACAUCAGAUGCAUCAGGCAUUAUUGAGAUGUUAGGAGUCGUAGCUGAAAAUAUUGGAAAAGAUUGGAAGCAACUCGGCACUUCUUUAGGCAUUAAAGCUGCACAAAGUGACAAAUAUCCAAUUGACCACCCAAAUGACGUCAGAGAGCAGAUCUAUCAAAUGCUGCGUGAUUGGGUCAGAAAACAAACAAGCCAAAAGGAGGCUGAAGACGGGUUGAUAGAGACGCUUCUCAAACUCGGCCGUGCUGACAUUGUCCAAAUGUUACCAGGUUGUGCAAACACAUCCAAAGGAGCAAGUAAGGUAGACGAAGUUCACUGCAAGCAACUAAAGGAACACCAGUCAAUAACCGAUGCAUCAGGUAUUGGUGAGAAGAAGUUAGGAGACAUAGCUGAGCAUAUUGGAAAAGAUUGGAAGAGACUCGGCACUUCUUUGGGUAUUACAGCUGCAAAGAUUGACACAUAUCCAGUCGAUUAUCCAAAUGACCUCAAUCAACAAGUCUUUCGGAUGCUACUGGAUUGGUGCAGACAUGACCCAGAGGCGGCUGAAGAUGGAUUGAAAGAGGCGCUUAAAGAGAUCGGCCGUACUGACAUUCUCAAAAGAUUAGGUGAGAUGGAGCUGCCCUCCAAAGCGUUGGUUGAGACUUUGGUGAGUCAUUACUUGGAGACGAUGAAAGUGAACACACAUCCUACUGUUAAGCAUUUGGCUCGUGAUAUGGAUCAACUUUAUGUAAGUUUAGAACUUUUGCAAGAAACAAACGAACUUGAUAAGCCACUCAUAUUGCAGUCAGGUUUAGUUAAGGGAAAACAUGAAACAGAUCACACAAUACACAUUGACAUUGAAGGCGAACACGAGACCGAUAAAACCCAAACAGAGUAUAAGAAAAUUCCUCUCAAGUCAUACGGAGACAUGAUAAGCUUGGAUAAGAACAGAAUCUUAAUCACUGCUGAAAGUGGGUAUGGUAAAUCAACACUUCUAAAGAAGAUAGCUCAUGACUGGGCUGUUUUACAGAGUGAUACUCACGUGACUCAACAAAAACAAAAGUCGCCUCUGUCAAAGUAUGAGCUUGUCUUUUUGUUGGAAAUAAACAAAAUGGACGCAAAGUUCAACAUUACGGAUGAAAUAUCUUCUCAAAUAUUGCCUCAAAACGAAUUUGGGAAGAAGAGUUUUGAAAAUUAUAUGACACAAAACCCAGAGAAAGUUCUCAUCCUACUUGAUGGAGCAGAUGAAAUCUCAUUUGAGACACUACAAAAUGCAAACGAAGACUUCAGUGUUAACAACGUCCUCUCGUUCAAGUCGCUUAAACGCUGUAAGGUUAUCGUAACAAGUCGUCAAUCUACGGCCCUUAAAUUACUUGCUUGCAAUCCAGAUUUCACAAGAGUAAACAUAGUUGGGUUCGAUGACAAAAAUAAGAAAGAAUAUAUCCGCAACUACUUCAGCAACCAUGAUUCCCAACACCAUGAUCAUGUAUUUUCUGAAAUAAAUAAGUCGGACACACUACAAAGUUUAGGGGAGGUUCCUCUGUUUCUUUGGCUGAUGUGUUCGUCACUAACACAGGCUGGAAGUCAACUACCUGACAGGAUUACAGACCUGCUUAAUGACGCAACCAGCAUAAUCCGUAAGCAAAAGAUGGGCAAAGAUUGGACAUCCAAUCUCCCCGAGAAAAUAACCGAAAAUGGGUUUAAUGAGCUGAUGUUUAAACUUGGGCAAGUUGCACUUGAAAGUUUGGUGUUAAAAGGGCUACGCACAAAAUUCCUUCGUGGUUUCAGAGCUUGGUUCAGAGGACCUUGUCAAUUUGGGAUGUGAAGUCGGCUUGCUGACCCGAGUU